AACCAUACCACUGAAUCAAAUACCAAGUAUGACCGGUUAAACUCACUCCUUAAUGCUAGAACAACUCUUCUCCGCCACUAUAGUUUCUGAUUCAUUUGCUUUGUUUGCACUGCCACGAGCGGUUUGAAGCUCUCUCGCAAUGAAGGUGCUGAGCUGGUGGCUGAUGGUGGUGGGCUCGCUCCGGCUGGUCUCCGUUUGGUUCGGGUUCUUCCACAUUUGGGCCCUCCGCCUCGCCAUCUUCUCCAAAUCCCCCAUGUCUGAAGUUCAUGGGAGGACAUUUGGUGUCUGGACUCUUUUAACUUGCACACUCUGCUAUCUCUGCGCCGUUAACCUUGAAAACAAGGCUCUCUACCUAUCUACGUUUCCGUCGUUUGUCUAUGCACUCGGUCAUUUCCUGUCCGAGUACCUAACAUAUCAGACGAUGGCCAUUGCAAAUCUUUCUACUGUCAGCUUUUUUGCAGGCACGGCGAUAAUCUGGAUGCUGCUGCAAUGGAAUGCACAUCAAGCGCAACCUGUGUUGAAAUCAGAAAGAAGUGUCUGAUUCCUGCUUCGGCUUUCUCCGCAUAAGUUGAUUAAGUGUCUUCUCAAUCAUGCUUGACUUAAAGCGCUUCAAGAAAGGUCUUCAGCCUCAUGUUUCGACUUUGUAAGAAAGCUGACAUCGUUGACAGCUAAAGAUCAUCUCCAGAGAUGUCAAAUUUUAAAGAUAAAAUUUAAUUUGGCAACUUAUAUGGCACUUGGACAUCUUUUAAAGUUUUGCUUUCCACCUGAUAUGUUAAAUUUUAAACAUAAAAUUAAAUUUCGGGCUUA